CCGUCUCAAAAGCAUCGAGAAGAGAAAAAGGCUUGCGUUUCAUCGGAGGGCAUCAUAGCUGCGGCGUUGCCGGAGAAGAAGGAUCGAAGACAAGGCUUCAACGAUGCCGAAGAAGAUGGGCGUGAACUCCAAGGCCGAGGCCGCGCGCGCCCGCAAGAGCGCCACGGAGAUGGAGCGCAAGGAGCAGGAGACGCGCCAGAAGGAGGACCAGUACUGGCGUGAGGCGGAGGGAAGCAAAUCCCGCUCCGCCAAGCGCCGUGAGGAUGAAGCUGAGAAGCGUGCUGAAGCGGCUGCUCGCAAGGCGGAGACCCGGAAGCUCGCCGAGCUUGAGCAGAAGGAGCUCGAACUCGCGGGGAAAAAGCCGGAUAAGAAGGCUAAUCGGGUGGCUAUUCCUGUUCCGAAGGUCACUGAGGUGGAGCUUGCGCGGCAGAGGGAGGUGGAGAGGCAGAGGAUCCUUCAGAACGCGGAAGUGGAGAAGAAGAAACAGAGUCGGAUGGCGGAUGAGGAGGAAUAUGAGAGGAUGGUGCUGGUGACGAACUCCAAUAGGGAUGAUUCUAUUAUUGAGGCGCAUUCUCUGGACGAUGCGAUCGCGAGUAUGGCUGUGACGGAGCCGCCGCUGCCCCCUGAUCGGCACCCGGAGAGGAGGCUCAAGGCUUCCUUCAAGGCUUUUGAAGAAGCAGAACUUGCCAAACUGAAGGAAGAGAAGCCAGGUCUGACCCUCACUCAAUACAGAGAUAUGAUAUGGAAGCUAUGGAAAAAAUCACCAGACAACCCUCUUAACCAGGUUGCAGAGUGAUUUAUCAGUGAUCUGUUGUGCGAUGAUAACCGGUACAAUCACUGUCUAAAAACAAGGAGGAGCUAUGUGAUUGCUUCUAUUCCCUGUUGAAUCGUUAAACUCUUUGUGCAUCUAGGUUCUAUAAAUAUCGAGUGCGAGUGGUGUACAUUUGGAAAGAGUGUGACAAUAUCUCUUUAAAUAGUUACCUUAAAUCUUCAAUAAAUGCCAGCCUUGUUAAUGCAUGCCUAUGAGCCUUGAACUGUAGACUUUGGUCUUGUAUGCUUAAGCAUAAAAGAUCACCAUUUGAAUGACUAGAACAUUGAAAUAUGGGUUAAACCUGAACUUGUUUUAGUUGAUGUUCACUUGAUGAAGAGCAUCGCUAAUGUUAUAUCACA